AUGUCGAAUCAAGAUCCACCCACCCACAUCCCCAUUACGUCAAGAUCUGGACAAGAACGCAUGUUCGAAACUGAACACUUGCCAGCUAAUUCUGAAGAAAUGUGUAAUAUUUUGAAAGAAGAGAAUGCUCAAAUGAUAGUUUAUUUACGCUUCGCGCUCCAUUAUAAUAUGUUUAAAUCAGAUCCUAAUAUUGCCAUCUCAAUUCUUAAAAAAGGACUUUCCCAAGCACGUGGCUCCAACGAUGAAAAGAUCAGAUUAAAUAAUUUACUAGCCAGUUUAUAUUAUAUCAGUGCUCAAAAUCCAAUAACUUGGGUCGUGAAAGGUUUCAUUUACCUUGGUCGAAACGAUCCUGAUGCUGCUUAUACUGCAUUCAAAAACGCAUUCGGCCUUGCAAACCACAACAUUCCUGCAUUGUUUGGAAUG